CUCACAUUUGCCUACACGAAGGACCAAGAUCACAGAGGUCGUUGCACAUCACACAUCACCCACCAUGCCUGCGGUGACCGUGAAGACGCAGACGCGCGAUGAGGUGCCGCAGUCCACGCGGCUGGUGGACGUUGGCCACCGCCAACGCAGCGCCAACAUGGUGUCAACCAGGCGCAACAACUGGUCCGAGUUGAGGCGGUACUUGCAGAAUUUUCAGGGCCAACGCAUCGUGGAUCAGUUUCGCGCUUGCUCUCGCAACGAAAAGGUCAUCAUUGUCGGCGCCCUUGCCCAAGCCACCAUUGUCGCUUUGCUGCAAGCCCUCAUCCUCGCCCUCGAAAAGCUUCCGGACUUGGACUCGUCUCGUCGUUCGUACAUUUUCUUCUUCUUCUUCGUCUGCUGCGCCGGUCUUGUGCAGGCCGUCUUUGGGAUCCUGACCACGAGCCUGACUGAGCUGUCGACGGUGCUGCUGCUGAAUGUCCUCAGCGUCAUCUACGCGUCAUUACAGGUCUCCGAGCUCUGGUCCGACAACGUCGACCCAAACUCAACCGUCGUCGUCCUCGCAGCCAUCUCCUGCGCCGUGCUCGCAAUCAUUGUGCUCGUGGAUGCGGUUGUGCUUGCGCAUCUGUACGAGACCUUUGCGGAGGCCGUCUAUUCCCGGAUUGGAUCAGACGCAGCCAUUCAAAGCAUGUACCACAGCUUCAAGGCGAUGGGUGCCGUGUCCACCCUCCUCACCAUCCUCAACACGUAA